AUGGUGUACACAUAUCGUCAGCGAGGCGCCGAAGAAGGUACAAGCACGUUUUCAUCCAUGAAAUUUGCUCCUUUUGAGGGAGAUCAUCGUCACGUGUGUGUCGGUCAAGGCCAACACAAGAGUGCUAAACAGUCCAUUCAAGCUUGCUUGAUCAGAAUAGAGUGUAAAUGGGCACAUCGAUCGAGCGAAGACGAAGGAUGGUUUGCGAGUGGGAAAUGCGAGUGA